AUGAUUUUAGCGCUUUCUGUCGACUUACUGGUUGCGCUCCUGUUUCCAAUUUGCGAAAUCGAAGUCUUGCAAGGAGAACCAAAGAGUUAUCCGAAGACUACAAGUCCUUCUUAUCAUUUUCGUCUUAUCGUGGUUCAUGUGUUCGCUUGGAGUCGAUCUGGGGCACAUAUUCAACUUGAAAGGAGAAAAGCUCGAAAUUUGGCAAAGUAA